AUGUAUUUGUCUUUCUAUCAGCUACAGACGGAGGAAAAUGGAGACGACAGCAGCUCAGACUCUCCAAACGAGGAAGACAAUUUUUUGUUCUUUAUUAACUUGGCAAAGACUACAAAGAAUAUGACGGACACUACGUUUGGUAGACCAACUCAAGUGGAGCUGCAUCUGGCAACAGCUGCGUUGCGUACUAUGGGGAAAGUCAUAUACUAUGGCGAUCAACAUCUCAUUAUUGACGUGGCCGAUUCGAACCGCCUACAAUCCAAGGUUAAUCGCGUGAUCACGCACUUAAGCAAGCAGCAGGAGUCAGCACAUGUUCAAGGUGGUUUCUUGCGAUGUGAUGGUCGUGACGUGGCAAAGAGCGACACUGGCAGUAGCGACGCUGAUAUUGACAAAAGGAGCAAUGAUGAGACUGAAUUAUGUCGUAGUGCCUACCCUUUGGCGCAUGAGGCAUCUGAAUCCGAGCGCUUGGAAAAUGCUUCCUGUUUGACGAAGCCAGCGCAUGUGGUGGUAUCAUUCCCUCCAGCCUUUUUGGUAGCCGAGAACGGGGAUGCUGCAAAGGCUUUGGAGCGCUACGAAGCCACAUUAGUCUGGAGAAAGAGAGUAAUGGUUGACUUGAUUCUCUUCAUGCCGCAAACGCACUAUGAUGCAAUCAAGAUGUACAACUACACGCAAUUUCUGCACAAGCACGACAAGCUCGGCCACCCACUCUACUUUGAGAAAAUAGGUUCGAUCAACAUACUCCAGCUCAAGAAAGUUGGCAUCACUCUUGACACAUUGUUCAGACACUAUUUAUUCACAAUGGAGUUCACGAUCAAGUACGCGGCCCACCAGGUUUGUCCCUGUGACUCAUGUGCCAUGAGCGAGACGCAGAAGAUGUGCAUUGUGCUAGAUGCGCGUGGUAUUGGUAUGCGUGAUAUGGGUGGUGAGGCGUUUGAGUUUAUCCGUCGGUGCACGAGUGCAAUGCAGCGUCACUAUCCGCAGCGGUCAUUCAAGAUCUUCAUUGUGAAUGUGCCUUCGUGGUUCGGCAUGGCCUGGAAGGGCGUGAAGCCGCUGUUGAACGAGGCAACGCGCGCAAAGACGAACAUCUUGACGGAGAGCGAGACUGCUGCCACGUUACUGGAGUAUGUUGAUGCAAAGAACUUACCAGUGGAGUAUGGCGGCACAUGCUCGUGUUCAGGUGGGUGCGCGACACAUUCCUCAUACCAGCUUCUGCAGCGAGCUUUAGUUGAGAGUGCAUUAGAGUGCAAGCCAUUCGAGUCGGGUGAACUUGUUCAGACGAUUGCGCGUGAGCGUUCUAGCGGGUGUGGAUCGAUCAGCAAUGAAGAAAAUGGAUCGGUCGAGGAGGUUCCUAUAUCGUUACCGUCUCCACCACGUGGGAUAGGACCAAGUAAGCGCGAACCGUCUGCUUCUUCUGUUAUCAAUCACCUCUUUCGGCGUGGAAGCAGUGGGGCUGAGGAAAGCUGUAUGCUCAAUGGCGUUGACGACGAAGGCUUCUGCCGAUCCAUUCCGGCGGGGUUCUUUGUGGAAGAAGUUUUGAAAGCAGGCUUUCUGCUGAGGCGUUCACUACGACAUAAGCAGUUUAACCGAUCUGGCACCGCCAGUUAUUUAUCCUUCAUCCGCUGUUCCUACGCUUUGCUAAGACUUUAA